AUGGCAAACAUUCUUUUUCUUGCAAUAUCUUUGCUAAUUUUGGGGGAUGUUGCCUUUUCACAUGCCUCAUUUCCACCCAGCCUUAUUGAGGACAUCGCAAAAAUCGUCAUGGACAAUUACUGCUCACCAGAGAAGCUUGUAGGGAUGAAGGAGGACAUUGCAGCAGCCACAAACAACACAGAGGUCCUCAACAUCCCAGACGGCGAGUUAUUGGCUAAUAUCCUAACCAGUGGAGUCCAAACUACCGUGAGCGAUCCACGGCUGCAGGUCUCCUAUGAGCCAAACUAUGUUCCUGUGGUCCGUCCAGAGCUGCCUCCUUUGCCCCCUGAACAGCUUGCUGCUGUUCUCCAGACAUCCAUAAAGCUAGAUGUCCUGGAAGGUAACAUUGGCUACCUAAGAAUUGAUCACAUCCUUGGGGAGGAGGUUGCUGACAAGGUUGGCCCGUUGCUUGUAGACUUAGUUUGGAAUAAAAUCUUGCCCACCUCAGCUCUGAUCUUUGACUUGCGUUACACUGGCAGCGGGGACCUCUCCGGCAUCCCCUACAUAGUCUCUUACUUCACCCAAGCUGAGCCUGUAAUUCACAUUGACAGCAUUUAUGACCGACCUUCGAACACCACCACCAAGCUGCUGUCUAUGUCAACACUGCUGGGAGAGAGAUACAGUAUAAACAAGCCCCUUUUUAUCCUCACAAGCAAAAACACAAAUGGCAUUGCUGAAGAUGUUGCCUUCUGCCUCAAGAACCUGAAAAGGGCCACUGUUGUUGGUGAGAAGACCGCUGGGGGCUCAGUGAAGGUUGAUAAACUUAAAGUGGGUAACACUGACUUCUACAUCACCCUGCCUACUGCAAAGUCCAUCAACCCCAUCACAGCCUCGACCUGGGAGCUCACAGGUGUGACCCCAGAUGUGGAAGUCGAUGCAGAGGAUGCCCUUGCUACCGCAAUUGCAAUCAUCAACCUCAGAGCUCAAGUGCCAGCCAUCAUUGAGGAAUCUGCAAGCUUGAUUGCCAACAAUUAUGCCUUUGAGAGUGUCGGGGCAGAUGUUGCAGAGAAGCUCAGAGACCUCCUGGCAAAAGGGGAAUUCAGCACCAUUAAUGAUAAAGACGGUCUCGAGACGAAGCUGUCAGCUGAUCUCCAAACCCUUUCUGGCGACAAAAGCCUAAAGACCACCAGCAACACCCCAGCCCUGCCACCAGUUGAUUAUUCUCCAGAGAUGUACAUUGAGCUGAUCAAAAUCUCCUUUCACUCUGAUGUUUUUGAAAACAACAUUGGCUACCUGCGAUUUGACAUGUUUGGAGACUUUGAAGAAGUAAAGCCCAUCGCCCAGAUAAUUGUGGAGCAUGUCUGGAACAAAGUCCUAAACACAGACGCUAUGAUCAUUGAUCUCAGGAACAAUGUUGGUGGACCAACAACAGCCAUUGCAGGCUUUUGCUCUUACUUUUUUGAUGGGGAUAAGCAGAUCCUUUUGGACAAACUGUAUGACAGACCUUCUGGAACCACCACCGAGCUGCUGACUCUCUCUGAACUCACUGGCGUAAGGUAUGGCUCUAAGAAAAGUCUCAUCAUCUUGACCAGCAAGGUUACAGCGGGUGCCGCGGAGGAGUUUGUUUACAUCAUGAAAAAGCAAGGCCGUGCUAUGAUAAUUGGAGAGACUACCGCCGGGGCUUCCCAUCCACCGAAGGUAUUCCCAGUUGGUGAGAGCAACAUCUUCCUUAGCAUCCCCACGGUCCAUUCCGACGCUUCGGCUGGGCCAACUUGGGAGGGAGUUGGUGUAAAACCCCACAUUCCUGCUGCAGCUGAGGCUGCCCUGGAGGUGGCAAAGGGCAUCCUUAACAAGCACCUUGAAGGCCAGCAGUAAACAGUGUGCUGUGAAG